UUUCUUCUUUGCUUUACCACCAUUCAUUCGUUCGUUCUAAAAAUCCAUUCAUUGAUUCGAACCUAGGGUUUUUAUUUUCUGUGCUUCCGUCAACUGAGUCACAACGCACCCACCAUGGGGUCCAUCCCCGAUCCCGGCGAGUUGACCGAGUUGGCUCAGCCCAGCUUCGACGAGUUCCAGCGCCAAACCUCCCUCAUGACCAGCUGCACCCUCCUUUGGAAGGAGCUCUCCGAUCACUUCUCCUCCAUCGAGAAAGAUCUUCUCAACAAAUCGGAAGCUCUAAAGCGCAAGAUUCGCUCCCUCGACCACCAGACCGACCAGUCCCUCCACCUUCUCGACAGCCGCGAAACCUCCAUCGACGGCAGCGUCCAGAUCGCCAUCGGUAACGUCGACAAGCGCAGGGACGCCGCCAUCUCCGCACUUGUUGAUGAAGAAGCCGAGGACGGUGAGGUCGAUAAUGGUGAGGGUUUGAUGCUGAAAUUGAAGUCGUUCUGCCUGAGGAUGGAUGCGUUUGGGUUUUGGGGUUUCGUGAUUGGGAAGAAGAAGGAGUUGGAGGCUCUUAGGGCUGAGAUGCCGGUGGCGCUUGGGGAGUGUGUGGAUCCAGCGAAGUUCGUGCUGGAAGCGAUAUCGGAGGUGUUUCCGGUGGACAAGAGAGGGGAGAAAGGUGUGAAUGACUUGGGUUGGGCUUGUGUGUUGGUGCUGGAGUCGCUGAUUCCGGUGGUGGUGGACCCUGUGAUUGGGAAGUCGAGGCUGUUGGUGACUCCCACCGUGAAGGAGCGUGCCAAGGAGAUUGCUGAAGCUUGGAAGGCGAGCCUGGAAGAGCGUGGUGGAAUCGAGAAUGUGAAGACCCCUGAUGUUCACACCUUCUUGCAGCAUCUUGUUACCUUUGGAAUUGUGAAGGAGGAGGAUUUGGAUUUGUAUAGGAAGCUUGUAAUUGCCUCUGCCUGGAGGAAACAGAUGCCCAAGCUUGCCCUUUCCCUUGGUCUUACUCAACAAAUGCCUGAUAUGAUUGAAGAGUUGAUCAGCAGAGGUCAGCAGCUUGAUGCAGUUCACUUUACAUAUGAAGUGGGUCUUGUGGAUAAGUUCCCCCCUGUACCACUGCUAAAAUCUUUUUUGAAGGAUGCAAAGAAAGUUGCAGCGUCUAUAUCGGAAGAUCCUAAUAAUGCAGGCCGAGCUGCGUAUCUAGCUGCAAGAAAAGAGCAGUCUGCACUCAGGGCCGUGAUUAAAUGCAUUGAAGAGUACAAACUUGAGGCAGAGUUCCCCCCAGAAAAUCUGAAGAAGCGACUUGAACAGUUGGAGAAGGUCAAGAUCGAGAAGAAGAAACCAGCUGCUGUCCCUGCCAACAAAAGAACACGAGCAAGCAACAGCAAUGGAGGACCAAUGCCCCCAGCCAAAGCUGGCCGUUUGACUAAUGCUUAUGUAUCAUCUUUCCCCGCUGCUCCUACAUUCGUGAGGUCUCCAUCACACGGGCAAUACCCAGCUGCUCUUCCACCAUAUCCAUCCCCGCCCCACAUGUAUGGCAGCAGAAGUCCCCCAGCAAAUCAUUAUGCUUAUUCACCAGAGCCAGCGCCAGCUAUUGCAGGAUCCUACCCAACGGCUCCCAUGAACUAUCCUGCAUAUGGUGGCUAUGGAAAUGUUUUGGCACCCACUUAUCAGCAGGCUUACUACCGAUAGAAAUGACAACCCCUUCAAGAUGGUAACUACUGAUAUGACGAUCAUGAUCCCAUUUACUUUCGCAAUGUUGUUUGUAAUCACUAACCGUUUAACGGUAGCAGUUGUGUGUGUUAAUUAUAACUACUGUCCCACUUCCUGCUCUGCAUGGCGAGAAGUUGUAUUUCUAAUGAUGAUCCCCGUAGUACUAGGUGAAUGUGGAAAGUAACUAGGACGGCCGAGAAACAUCAGAAACUCAACUACCACUGUUCGGUUUAGUUGUAGAAAGACUUACUUUUACUGUGUUUACCUUAUAUGCUUAUCCUGGGAUCAAACUGAAGAAAAAGAAAAAAAGAAGGUAAUAUGUUUCUUGGCAGCUGUUGACUAUGGUAUAAAGUCUAUGAAGGAAAUAAUCUUGUCUGAGAUGAAUGUAUCAUAAUCCCGCA